ACCGGGAGGUACACGCUGAUCGAGAAAUGGCGGGACACGGAGCGGCACCUGGCACCGCACGAAAACCCCAUCGUGUCGCUGAACAAAUGGGGUCAGUACGCGAGCGACGUGCAGCUGAUCCUGCGCCGCACCGGGCCCUCCCUGAGCGAACGGCCGACGUCGGACAGCGUGGCUCGUGAGAGGACUCUGUACCGGCAGAGCUUACCUCCCCUGGCCAAGCUGCGGCCUCCCAGCGACAAGGCCAUGAAGAGGAGGGAGCCGAAAAGGAAAUCCCUCACCUUCACCGGCGGGGCCAAAGGGUUAAUGGACAUCUUUGGGAAAAGCAAAGAAUCCGAGUUCAAGCAAAAGGUGCUCAACAACUGUAAAACGACGGCGGAUGAGUUGAAGAAAUUGAUCCACCUGCAGACGGAGAAACUGCAGUACAUUGAGAAACAGCUGGAGUCCAAUGAAGCUGAGAUCCGCUACUGGGAACAAAAAUAUAACUCCAGCCUGGAGGAAGAAAUCCUCAAGCUAGAGCAGAAGAUUAAAAGGAAUGAAGUGGAGAUCGAAGAGGAAGAGUUCUGGGAAAACGAGCUGCAGAUUGAACAGGAGAAUGAAAAACAGCUGAAGGAGCAGCUGCAGGAGAUGAGGCAGAGGAUCCUGGAGUGCGAGAGCAAGCUGAAGGACUACAUGUCUCAGAUCCAGAACAUGGAAAGUGGCCUUGAAGCAGAGAAGUUGCAGCGGGAAGUUCAAGAGUCCCAAGUGAAUGAAGAAGAGGUCAAGGAGAAGAUCGAGAAGGUGAAGGGUGAAAUUGAUGUUCAGGGCCAGCAGAGUCUGAGACUGGAAAACGGCAUUAAAGCUGUAGAAAGGUCUUUGGGCCAAGCUACCAAACGGUUACAGGACAGGGAACAAGAACUGGAGCAACUGACAAAGGAGCUGCGACAGGUCAAUCUCCAACAGUUCAUCCAGCAAACGGGAACGAAGGUCACGGUGCUGCCAGCAGACCCUGUUGAGGUGGAGGCUCCGCACGUGGAGCUCGAGAGAGAGCCAACAUUUCAGUCUGGGUCGCUGAAGCGCCCUGGCUCGUCGAGGCAACUCCCCAGUAACCUUCGCAUUCUACAGAAUCCCCUGUCGUCUGGUUUUAACCCAGAGGGCAUUUACGUAUGACAGUACAUACCUCUUCUGGAGAGGACCUAGCAAGGUACCCUGGACAAGAUACACUUUUGUUUUAUUCUGCCAAUGAUGAAUGGAAGAAGAUUCUUUUUUUUUGUUUGUUUGUUUGUUAAGCCACCCUAUUUUUUUUUCUUCUUCCUCCAACACACCACUUGGAGCCAUACCCUGUGCACUGAUGCUAAAGAGAAGAGGAACUGUCUCAAUUCAUAAUUGGCAAGGAUGAACUUGUUGUGAGCACAGAUAGAGUGCAAAAACCUUCAUUUGUUUUUGCCACUUCAGAAGUGUUUGGGAAAGUAUUGUUCCGUGUAUAGGCAUAAUUAAAAGACUGAGGGUGAAGGAAACCAUGUAUGCAACUGAUCUGAGGUUUAAUUUAUUCCCUUUAAUCAAUGGACGUGUGAAUGUUGACCUUUUAUAUUUUUAUUUUAACUUGUGGAUAAUCACGUAUGGCUGUAUGUCAGUCUGACAAGAUGACUUUAAUUUGCAUGUACAACCAUCCACCAUUUGAUCAAGUACAACGACUUGCAAUGCAGAGUGCUGUGGAGUGCUGAACCAUUACAAUGGUUUCUCACCACUGACUUAGUUAAUUUCUGUUGUCAGUCAUAAUAUGUCAUGUUCCAUCCAUUGCUACCUUCUAAGGCUUGAAAAGUGAGCUUGUGGGAUUUACUUGCUGUUGAAUCUGCCUUGAAUGAGGCACCUAGAGUUCAAAAGAUUUAUGGAAUUUAAACCUUGGCUUGGUAAAAAUAUUUCCAGCAUAUGAUUGAGGAUGCACUAGUUAGAUGAUAUUUUAUUAUAUAGAAUGUAUAUUUGAAAUAUUUUGCCAUAUUGUAUAUGCCUUUUGAGAAAAGAACAAUGUAAGAAGUUGUCUUCAUAUAUCUUACCAAAAGAGAGUAGGAAGUUUUCA